UAGAGCCAAUAAGGACGCUGGGAUUGCCGAUUCUCGGCACUCUGAUUGGUGCAUUCGACUGGAGAGCCUGGGUUCAAAUUUUCAACGGUACUGAAUGAAUCCCUCGGCGGCUCUUGCGGGUGCUCCGUUGUUAUACCCGAGACGAGGUUCUUGAUAAGAAGUACUUGCUAAAUUUCAAGAUUUCAGAAGAGAAGUGAAAGAGUAUGUUGCAACUGUGAUUGGACUGACAGAUUAAACCCCAGAAGGUGACCUAUUGAGAAAAGUGAUACCAAUACUAGUAAAAAACAGCUCUCCUGCACCGAGGUGGGGACAAUGUCACAAGUUAAAGCCUCUUAUUCCUAUGAUGCUCCCAUGGACUUCAUCAAUUUUACAUCUUUGAAUGAUGAGGAAGAUACCCAAGACAUAGAUUCUUGGUUUGAAGAGAAGGCCAAUUUGGAGAAUAAGUUUCCUGGGAAGAAUGGGACAGGAGCGCUUUUUCAGGACAAAACUCCUUUGAGGAAAGCGAAUCCUCAGCAAGCUAUUGUCACACCUUUGAGACCAGUUGACAACACUAAUUACAAAGAGGCAGAAAAAGAAAAUCUGGUGCAACAGUCCAUUCCAUCAAAUGCUUGUUCUUCCCUGGAAGUCAAGGGAACCAUCUCCAAAAAUACUCCCGCCCAGUCUCAGAGAAGAUCUGCUAGACUCUCUGCUCGGAAGGAUCUGGCACAGAAAGAAAAACACCAUGUAAAAAUAAAAGCCAAGAGAUGUGCUACUCCUGUAAUAAUCAACGAAAUUCUACCCUCCAAAAGAAUGAAAGUUUCUAACAAUAAAAAGAAGCCAGAAGAAGAGGAAGAAGGCAGUGUUCAUCAAGAUACUUCUGAAAAGAAUGAGUCUUCCCCAGAGAAAGCCAAGGGCAGGAAUACAGUGUCUUAUAUACCACCUGUGAGGCAGAAGAUUCUGAAAAGUACUGAGGAGCAAGAGUUGGAGAAGAGCAUGAAAAUGCAGCAGGAGGUGAUGGAGAUGCGGAAAAAGAAUGAAGAAUUUAAGAAACUUGCUCUUGCAGGAGCAGGGCAACCUGCGAAGAAAUCAGUGAGCCAGGUAACCAAAUCAGUCGACUUCCACUUCCGCACAGAUGAGCGAAUCAAACAACAUCCUAAGAACCAGGAGGAGUAUAAAGAAGUGAACUUUACAUCUGAACUUCGAAAGCAUCCUCCAUCUCCUGCCCGAGUGACUAAAGGAUGUACCAUUAUAAAGCCUUUCAACCUGUCCCAAGGAAAGAAAAGAACAUUUGAUGAAACUGCUAGUCCUUAUGUGCCCUUUGCACAGCAAGUCGAAGCCUUCUAUAAACGAACCCCUAACAGAUAUCACUUGAGGAGCAAGAAGGAUGACAUUACUCUGUUACCCUCCAAAUCUGCUGUGGCCAAGAUUUCCAGAGACCCACAGACUCCUGUCCUGCAAACCAAAUGGCGUUCAAGGCCUGUAACCUGCAAAAGCACGGCAGAUCAGGAGGCCGAGGAGCUAGAGAAACUGCAACAAUACAAAUUCAAAGCACGAGAACUUGAUCCCAGAAUUCUUGAAGGUGGGCCCAUCUUGCCCAAGAAACCACCUGUGAAGCCACCCACUCAACCUAUUGGUUUUGAUUUGGAAAUUGAGAAAAGAAUCCAGGAGCGUGAGUCAAAGAAGAAAUCAGAGGAUGAACACUUUGAAUUUCAUUCCAGACCUUGCCCAACUAAGAUCUUGGAAGAUGUUGUGGGAGUUCCUGAAAAGAAGAUGCUUCCAAUCACUGUCCCCAAGUCACCGGCCUUUGCAUUGAAGAACAGAAUCCGAAUGCCCACCAACGAUGAGGAAGAGGAGCCAGUGGUGAUAAGAGCUCAACCUGUGCCACAUUUUGGGGUGCCUUUUAAGCCCCACAUCCCAGAGGCAAAAACUGUGGAAAUAUGCCCUUUCUCUUUUGAUUCUCGAGACAAAGAACGUCAGUUACAGAAGGAGAAGAAAAUAAAAGAACUGCAGAAAGGGGAGGUGCCUAAGUUCAAGGCACUUCCAUUGCCUCAUUUUGACACUGUUAACCUGCCAGAGAAGAAGGUGAAGAAUGCAACCCAGACUGAGCCUUUCUGCUUGGAGACUGACAAAAGAGGCGCUAUGAAGGCACAGACUUGGAAGCACCAGCUAGAGGAAGAACUGAGACAACAGAAAGAAGCAACUUGUUUCAAGGCUCGUCCAAACACUGUCAUCUCCCAGGAGCCCUUUGUUCCCAAGAAAGAAAAAAAAUCCGUUGCUGAGGGCCUUUCUGGUUCUCUAGUUCAGGAACCUUUUCAGCUGGCCACUGAGAAGAGAGCCAAGGAGCGGCAAGAGCUGGAGAAGAAAAUGGCUGAGGUAGAAGCCCAGAGAGUCCAGCAGAUGGAGGAGGCCAGGCAGCAAGAGGAAGAGCAGCAGAAGAAGGAGCUGGCCAGGCUACGGAAAGAACUGGUGCACAAAGCAAACCCAAUACGUAAAUACCAGGGUGUGGAGGUAAAGUCAAGUGACCAGCCUCUGACUGUGCCUGUAUCUCCCAAGUUCUCCGCCCGAUUCCACUGCUGAACUCGGCAGACACCACCUGGGAAUAGGAGCUACUUUUUGCUUCAAACCAGAAGCCUUCUUUCUUUGUCCCCAGGGCAUGGAGAGAACCCAUUUCUCCAGACUUUUACCUACCCAUGCCCGACAGAGCAUACCUGACAAGUGUGAACUCUAAUUUUGUUGAGAAUUGUUUUCCUGCUUUAUUGAGGCUAAUAAUGAGACUCAACUCAUAUAUGUCUCGAUCAGACUCCAUGUAGUUAUUUCCUUUGAACCAUCAGUUGACCUUUAAUAUGGGUCUUAACUCUGACUAAAAUUUAAAGUCUAUAUCAGUAACAGUGUAAUUUCUAUGGUCCCUUUCUUCACUCUUUUUUUCUAUUUUAAUCAGAAAAUAAAGAUAGUUAAAUACUGAGAUAGGAUUUAAGUCAUGGCUUCAAUGAGGAACAAUCAAGAUAUCAGAUUUCUUUCCUCUUCUCUGCACAAAAUGAAUUUUAAGGAGCUGUUUGCUAUGAGUGGGAAAGCCUCAUUAACUGCACAACAAAAAGACUGCAUGGAGUGAUGGGGAACCUCUCAGCCAUCCGCAAGCUUUGGGCAGAGCUGCUGUGAAGGCACAUUCUUCUCUUAUCUGUGCUGAUAAUAACGGAACGCUGUGCAGCACAUUUUUAAGUCCCCCAGUAGCCUGGACUGGAAGAAGAAAUAUGUUUGUCUUCCCCUCCCUGAUUUUGUAAUGGUGAUAUUUUUAAAUUUGUCUAUCCUCUUUGGAGGUCCCGUUUUAUUGGAGAAAUGGGUACUUUGAGAGGAAGGUCCAGCAGCUUUGAAGCACAGGCUUUCCCUUUCUGCCUGUGUCAAUAUCCUUCCAUAUUUGUUGACUCCCUCCCAGAAACCACUCUGAAAGGCAAUCGUGUGUGAUGCCUUUGCACAGACUGUUGCCUUCUUCCCUAAAUGUGCUUUUUUUCAUCUAGUAAACUCUUCCUUAUAAGACUCAGCUCAAGUAAUGUCUUUCUUAUAAAUCCUUCCUUGACUGCCUGACCUCCUCAGGUAAGGAUGAUCACUUCCUUUUUAGUGCCUCCCAAAUGUUUCCUGUAUAUAUCUCUCUAGCACAAUAAUUACACCAAGAGUUACUUGUACUUAUUCACAAACUAGAAGGGAGACAGAUAUUUAAAAUCAUCUUAGUCCUAGUCGUCUCUGUAUUUGUUGUAGCUGGCACAGAAUUUGCUAGGUCCAUGUUAAAUCAUAUAUUUUCUUUUAGGCUUGACAUUAUUUAUGAACCCUACUCUGUACUAGUCAUCUACUCCUGUGCCGUGAGAUAUAAUAACAACCAUAUUCUGCUCAGGCCAGUCCUAGGCACCAAAUAUGAUAUUAAACCUAUUUUAUAUUCCUUUCAUUUAUUCAGCGAGCAUUAUGUACAAGCCAUUAUAAUUCAGCAGCAUAUGAUUUUCAGAUCCCUGGGCUUCCUAAAGGCCCAUAAACUGAUGCAAAAUAUGGUUUCUUUAUUUUCUGGGCAAAAAGGAUAUGCAGUUUCUAUAUACAGUUCCACGAAUCUUUAUUUAUUUAACAAAUAUUAAUUGAGUGCUAACUCUGUAUAACUUGGCACUGUUCUAGUCCCUGGGAAUACAGCACUGAGCAGAAGUAGACUUUGUCUUCAUGGAGCUUACCUUUCAGGAAGGGAGAUAGACAAUAAGCAAGUAACUGUCCUCUUCCGUCAGGUGAUCCAUGUUUCCCUGACUGCUGUGGGGAGAGUAGACGGGUGGGAAAAGGGGGUCUGCGAGGUUGCAAAUAGGAAGGUGAGGUUCUUGCAGUUCUCCAGGUGAGAGCUAAUAGUGGUUUGGGCUAGGGUGGUGGCAGUGGAGGUGGUGAGAAAUGGUUGGAUUCUGAAUGUAUUUUGAAGUAACUGACAAGACUUGCUAAUAGAUUGGACAUGGAAAGAGAGAAAGAGGAGUUAAGGAAGACACUCAGGUAGCAGCCCCAGAGACAGAGUUCUCCAUCGCUUAUUCUCAGAUAUCCAGCUCUCUUCAACCCCUCUUAUCUCUUGUGGAUUCUCGGGGGGCUUUCAUUUUUUUUUCAGGUCACCUCUUUUCAGACACCCUCUCUGCGUCCUGUGUAGCUUUUUUUCCUACCUCGUAUCAGCAGUUCUCUUCUAACAGUUCACUGUCCUUCACAUAUUUUUAUCCAAUAUCAUUUUUUCAUUGUCUGUUUUUUGUUUUUGAUUGUUUCAGGUAGGAGAAUAAAUCUGGCCCUCAAGCUAAAGGUUUGGGAAAGAGCAUUAUUGAGAAUUAUGGGCCUAUUGGGAUCCUUCCAUCCCGUUCGCUUCAUUCUGGAUUACCUCCUCUAGAUGCCCAUGCCAGGGUGGUAAUAUGUGACAGUUUUUUAGAGGCAACAAAUGGGUUACAUUAUUUCAGAGUGAAUAUCUUAAAAUUAAGAUGCAGACAUCCAUUGCCUCUUGCUUCCCAGAAUUUCUCAUUUUCCCAGUAGCACUCUUUCUACUCAGCACAAUCUGUCUAGUUUAGAGUCCUCUCUGGUCCACCUCAUACGACCUUUAUUUUUCUAGUACUGCCUCCCAUUUCCCCCGAAACUCAAAACUCUCUGCUUUUAUAUUACCGUAAAAUUCAGGUUCUUUAUCUCUCCAGGCCAUGUCCUACAGGGGGCCUCUCUUUCAACAUUAGAGGUCACUCUGAAAUUGUCCUAAAAAAAACAUGUCCUCUGAUAGGAAUUUACUGUAUUCUACUGAGAAAUCUGGCUGUCAUGCUUUGCUUGGCAAUUUUGCAAAGCUCCUAGCACAUGCACACGUGCAAAUUGUUGGAAUUUCCAUAAUUUCUGGGAAGAGCUCUUUGUUUUCAGUGCUGUUUUGACUUGAUCAUGGCUUCCCAUUGCUAAUAGUCUUGUGCUACUUAAUAUUACUGUUCACCCUAACUUUGGUUGAUUGUUCUGUUCUUGUGUAAUCGCUUUGUUGCCAUCUUGACUGCUGUUUUCUUACCAGUUCUUUUCCAUAGAGUUUUGUCCCUGGAAAGUGGAGCUUGAGUGGUAGACGGGCUGCAUUGGCAGUUGCUCCAGCAUUUAGCAGAGACAAGACCUGUACAUAAAUAAUUGUAACGCAAGAUAGAUGUGAUUGAGUAACUCGAGACAGAGCAAGUGCCAAGGGAGUUUAGAGAUUCUUGUUGGAUGUGAGGUUGCAGUUCUUAAGGAUGUUUUUUCACUUUUUUUUUUUUUUAUU